CUCCGCUCUGAGCCAACAUCGUCGAACCUGCCUGCAGUUGUAGUCAUCACAUUCUCUCGGAACGGCUUAUCGCCUUCCGGCCGGAGCAACGUGACCCUGAAGCGAUCGCGUCAUAUGGCCAUCCGAAAGGCAAUCUUGAGUCUUGGGUACUAGAAUCCCUAUAGAAUCCCCAUGACUCCGUGAGUCGAGUCCAGCUUUAUAACACCCACACUUCGAUCGCGCCACCGCUGGCAGGAUUCAUCAUUCAUACCUACAUACCACCAUGGCCUCCUCCACCUUCUCCAGCGUCCCAAUCCUAGACUACAGCCUCCUCGCCUCGCCCUCCACCCGAGCAGACUUCAUCGCCCAGCUCCGCCACGCCCUCAUCAACGUCGGCUUCCUCUACCUCUCCCACCCGCCCGUCGCGCGCACAGACAUCGACGCCGUCAUCGACUACGCACCGCGCCUCUUCGCGCUGCCGCAGACGGCCAAGAACGCGAUCCGCAUGGCCAACUCGGAGCACUUCUUCGGGUACUCCAGGCUCGGCGCGGAGAUUACGAAGGGCAAGACUGACCAGCGCGAGCAGUUUGACUUUGCGACGCCGUAUGAGAAUAGGUGGAGCCCUGGUGAGCCGGAGUACCUGCGGUUGUGGGGGCCUGUACAGUGGCCGGACGAGGACCUCCUGCCCGGUUUCAAAGACACGAUGCUGCGCUACCUCGCGCAGGUCGAGCGGCUCAGCUACGAGUUCAGCGGCCUCAUCGCAGAGGCAUUCGGCCUCCCCGCCGAAAUGAUGCAAUCGUUCUACAAGGGCGACGCGCCGAUCCAGCACCGCGCCAAGGUCGUCAAGUACCCGCCACUCGACGACGGGCUCGCGUCCAACCAGGGCGUCGGCCCGCACUACGACGGUGGCUUCUUGACAUUCCUGCUCCAGGCGUCGCCGCACCCUGGGCUGCAGGUGCAGAACCUCGCGGGCGAGUGGAUCGACGCGCCGCCCAUCCCUGGGACGUUCGUCAUCAACAUCGGUAAGGCGCUCGAGACGGCCACCCAAGGCCUCGCGCGUGCGACCUCUCACCGCGUGCUCUCCCCGCCGAAAGGCUCCACCCCGCGCUACUCGAUCCCGUUCUUCCAGAACAUCGCGCAGAGACUCUCCCUCAAGGAUAUCCAGCUCCAAUUCAGCCCGGAGAUCCUGAAACUGAAGGAAGAUCGUGGCGAGGUCGGGACGACUGACUCCGUGAACUACUCGGAAUACGACCGCCUGCCGGUCGGCCUGGUGAACCUCAUCGGACGGGUCAAGAGCCACCCGGACGUCGCAGAACGCCACUAUCCUGACCUCUUCAAGCAGUUCUUCCCGCAGGGCAUGCCGCUCCAGGGCAGCGCAUACUAGAGAGAGUCAGUUCCUUUCCGCACAGGCAAAAAAAC